AUGUUAACGGGAGUACUUAAAGGAACGCUUUUAUGCUGCGAGGGUGAAAAUUCUACUUGGAAUAAUUUAAUUAAUAAGAAGAAAGAUACAUUAAACGAGAUCACACCUUUGUUACGAAUGAUUUAUGGAACAGUAGUUCCUACGAUCGUGUCCAGUGGUAUUUUUGGUAAUAUGCUGAUACUCUUAGUGUUAUCCACUCCUGUGUUCCGAGGAAUCGCUUACUUAUAUCUCCGGGGAUUAACUUUAGCGCAUGUUGGGGUUCUAGUGUCUUGGAUACCCAUAUUCGUUAGAUUAGGAUACGGAAUGAAGAACAACUAUCCGUCUGUUUUUUACCACGCUCAUCUGGAACUGGUCGCUGUAAACACCUUUGCUAUAGCAGGCAUUUUAAUUAUGACCUGCUUAAUCGUCGAUCGAUAUAUUUUCAUUUUUUUCCCGGCACGUAUGCGUAGCAGAAACGCACGCAAGAAUGUCCGCACUUUCAUCCUAUGCUCCUUCAUUCUUGGAUUUGCGGUAAGUGCUCCAUUAACCGGAAUGAGAACAGUAUACGAGCAACAAGAGGAUAGCGGUAUUCGUUUCACGUUGCGCGAAAAUACUUCCAUCACGCGUAGUGGUUUAUGGAACGCGUACAUAUGGAUCAUGGAAAUCGCACUGCGACUCUGUCCGGCCAUAAUUCUCCUUCUACUGAACAGUUUUGUGGUUAAAAGGUUUUUACAGCUGAACGCUAAGAAGAGGGAAUUUCAAUCGGUCUCUGAGAAGUUCCGUACUGCAAAUGUUCGCGAUACGUCUUUACUUACUCGCAAUCGAGGAUACAGAGAAGAACAGCAUUUAGCUACACUGAUGUCAGUUAUGGCGAUAUGUUUUAUAAUCACAAUGAUCCCAUCCAUACUUCUUCAAUUUAUGUACCAUAAUUAUGAGACUGUCGACGGUGGUUAUCUUUUGUUUCGAACGUUUGCUGCUGUCGCCGAACUUUGUAAUUUUGCAGUCCACAUUAUCAUAUACUUUUCAUGCAGUAAGGAAUUUCGCAACGAGUUUCUAAAACUUCUUCAGAAUAGAUGUAAGAAAAAUGUUGUGGAAGAAGAUUUUGAACGACCAAUAGGGGAAAUCGAAGAUUACAGCCGACAUGGUACGACGGUUCGAUUAACACCUGAGCAGACUAAAUUAAAUUCUCCAGCUUCCGCGAGUAAAUUGAAUCCUAUGGAAGAAGAUAAAGAGUCAGAAGUAUUGAAUGCCUCUGAUUUCGUUUAA